UCCCGCGCAAGAAGCACGCGCAUUGCCGCGUACUACCGCCGACCGACUAAUUGUUUUGUAAUUAAUAAUUUAUGUACAUUAUCUAACUGUGCACUGUGAACUGAACUUUAAGUGUAUUGUGGUUGGAUUCUUUAUUGAAUAUUGGAUUUGUCUCGUUAAAGUAAUAUCGAGACGUAACUUCGCAAACUUAAAAAUACAAUGGGCUAGUGCUACUACUGGAACUCGAAGUCAACAUGAACGAAAGUCGAGAGCGAAUCCGUCGUGAGCGGGAGAGGGAGAAGAACACGUAUACCUCUCCUCGUCUUGCGUUACGUCGCGUGCUACUAUUGGCUGAAGGAAGACAGUUUCGGGAAGCGGCGGCCAUCUUGUCCAGAUUGGGACCUGGAGUGCUACAAAGUGUAGCUUCGGAGCUGCCCAUAGAUUUGUUGGUGGAGGCGCUGCCACAUUCAGCGCAUUUGAUUGAAACUCUUUUGAACAGACUUAUAUCCUUGGAAGUGACGCCUCGUCCUGACGUGCAAUGUGACACGAUAGCCUGGCGUCUGGUAGGUCUGCUGGGUGCAGACCAGAGUUCUGGCUUAAGAGCCAGGACGUCUCGUCUGGCGAGCUCGCUUGUCCACUACACGCCAGACACAAGAGAUGCCAUUGACGCAAGGAGAAGACAGCUAGAUGCUGCUGUUCAAGGUCUAGGUACGCACGGGCUGACAGCCGACUCGAGUGGCUCUUUGAUCUCCUUACACGUCGCCUUGAAGAAUGAGCUGCAGCGCCAUGUCGAUGUUUACAAGCAGGCUCUGCACAAGUUAGAAGAGCUGUCCCCAGUCACAAUCACACAAGACCCUGCAGCAUCAUCCCACCAGCGCCUCCUGGCGUUAUCACACGCUGACGUAGAGAGACGGUUGAUCGACAAUAAGUCACUACUGACGAUAGUCGACAAGCCAGCGCUGAGGCAGCUGCCGACCCUCGUGGAUGCCCUCGCAGCCAGGGUCGAGAGUGAUAAAGCGGUACUGGCUUGCAUUGGCCAGAUUAAAAGGAGUGAUCCAACUCUGGACUUGAAUGAUACGAGCAUGGCGGAGUCGGGCACGAAGGGAGGCACCACGUUGAGGCGAAAGAAGAAAAUGACAAUAGUCCACUGUGACUACGACGAGGGGCCAGUAGCUGGUGUGUUGAUGACUUACUCCCGAGGAUGCGCGGCAGUCCUCGGCCAGAUGUGUGAGGACCAAGGCACUAACACAGAGUCUACCACUCCUCGCUCCACUGACUCCGCCAGUGACGGCUAUCAUUCAGACAGUGAUGACUCACAACAGCAUCCCGACAGAAGUAAGCUAGUAUCCCAGUACGCGGCGGUGUGGUCCCGAGCAGCAGACGAGGCGAUCCCCGCACUGUCAGCGCUGGAGCCACUGCGUCACACGCCGCAUCUCAAGUAUAAGAUCGUCUUCUCCGUCGUUGUUUUAUCGUUCCGCGCAGUCAUCAGUCUCCGCGACCGUCGUCUGAACGAGCUGAGGGCAAUGCUGGGCGUGGCGGAGGACGGACCGCCGGAGCCCUGCGUCACCCGGAUGCUGGCCGCCGCCACCAGGGUACUGCACACCACUGCGCACAGCUUCCCGCUUGGAGAAGCUGAGCGAACUGUCAUUAAUCAGGUGGUGAGCACACUGCGCGAGUACCCGUGCCUGUCGUCAUGCGCCGCGCUGCACGCGCUGGUGGCGGCCGCGUGUCGGGCCGCCUGGACCAUCAGUCUGCACUCCCCACCGCUCAGGAUUGACACUGACUUCACACCUGUGGUGAUGAAUCCAGAGAAACACGUGCGUUUCUCGACAGAGACCCGAGACGUCCGCGACCGGCGCUCCGACCUCAUCAAGUCGUUCGUCUGGCCUGCCCUCAUGGACGGCAACCGCUGCGUCUUCAGAGCCGUGGUACUCACCUGAUGGACUAUCUUCCAAGUCCUGCCACCUUGGAGAUUCAUCGACAUCACCAUGUUUAUCCACAACUAUUUGGAAAGAUUCAUUGAUAAAUAUUUAUGGAAAGGUCCCCUUUUCUUUUCAAUCAUGGAUCCUAUUGGAUUCUGAAGCAGCUCUUCCAAUGUUUGUGAAUAAGGAAACUUGUCUAACGAUAUAUUAUUUAAUGUUUUCCACAAAUAGUCAUGUCUAUAUUGCACUAUAUUGUGUUGUGAACUUCACAGUUAUUUUGUAAUGUUUACAAGGACGUUUGGAGUGGAGACUAUUGGUCUAUGAUCAAGUUCCAUUAUUUAUGAUGUAAUUGCAACAAGGCGUCGAGUGUCGUUUCUUGUCUUUCACGGUACUGACACUUUUUUGAUUUUAUUCUAAUCAUGAAAAAAUGUUUGAAAAAUUGUAUGUUUUGACCUUUCGGUGAAUUUCGUCAGCUAUGUAUACUCCUCAUAAAUUUUCUUUAGCAAGGGCAUUCUUGUCAAUUCUGGUACCAUUCAAGCUUCACAUUUGAAACUGUUCAUACAUUUUUCUCAUUUCACUGUAAACUAAGUAAUUGUGUUUGUUCACAGUUUUUAGUGUAUUUAAAGAUUUUGUAUGAUAUUAGAUUGACUGAAUUCAAGCAACAUUAUGUAUAAAAAUACAGUAAAAGGUGAUAAGUAAAUUAUUAAUGAUUCAGACGAUAUAUCGGAAUUAAUGACGACGUACACGUGACGACGAACACAACAAUUAGUACUUCACCGAAAGAAACAGGACAUACAUACCGAAUUAUCGACACGACAGAAUCUGCGUCAUUUAAUGAGAAAUGUAUUAUCCCUUGACUAAGCAGCGGAUUGUUUGUUUCUUAUCAAUAACAAUAAAACGUAUGCCGAUGUAUAUAUCGCUAGCUAUACAUAUUUAUAUCACGAAUUAUCUUCUUGUACAAAAUGUCUUCUAACUUUCUCUGAUUAAUGUAAGUGUUUCAUGUAGUUAUUAACUAGACGUAAUAAAUUAUUACUUAAUUUGUAACAUUAACACUGAACAAUAAAUAAUAAUUUA